AAAAAUGAAAUUCUCACUCUUCGCCCUACUUUUUGUAGUGGUCAGCUGCGUUGAUGUAGGAACUCAGACCAGGGAUGCCUUCAUCCUUGCCCACAAGCAGCCACUCUCCACAUAUGCCGUGGAGAACAUGGACUUUGUCUUGGAAUACGGACUCUACAACGUCGGAGACAAGCCAGCGCAGAAGGUCACCAUCGACGAUCGUCACUCGUUCCCAACCAACUCGUUCGACAUCGUCAAGGGACUUCUCUUCGUGCACUUCGAGCAGAUCCCAGCCGGAAGCAACGUGACCCACUCAGUUGUCAUCCGCCCAAGAGCCUUCGGAUUCUUCAACUACACCGCCGCCCAGGUCACUUACUACACCGACAACGAGAACCAUCACGUCACCCUUACCAACACUCCUGGAGAAGGAUACAUCUACCGCCAACGCGAGUACGACAGACGAUUUGCUCCAAAGUACACCUACUUCCUCGUCUUCUUCCUCAUCGUCGCCCCAACCACUCUCGGAUCCUUCCUUCUCUUCCAACAAUCAAAGGCUCGCUUCCCAAAUGUUAUCAAGAAGAAGUCUACUUAAGGAAAUGCUCCUUCGUUGUUUUUUAAGUUAUUGUAAUUUUAUCAAAAUGUUCAUUUUUCCUUUUUGCAUUGCCCAUGCGGGUUCUUUUUUCUUUUCAAAACCAUCGAAUGACUGCCCAUCGGGCACUAAUUCAACUUUUUUAUCCCAUCCGUCUUGAGUUUUGUGUUAUUCCAACAAACUGGUCUGUUAAAAACGUUUCUUUUUCUUUGUUUGGGUUACAAAUAAAUUAUAAACUUGAUAUAAACUUG